UUGAUUGUGAUCUCUGACCCCAGAUCAUGUCUGAGAAAGGACAGAAGCAGAAAGGAAGCAGUGAGAGCUGCCACCACUGCAAGCCAAAGACAUGCGCAAACAUGGCCGCCCCCCCUGCGUACGCUGACCUCGGCAAAUCUGCCAAAGAUAUCUUCAGCAAAGGAUAUGGCUUUGGAGCUGUUAAGUUGGACCUGAAGACCAAGUCUCAGAGUGGAGUUAUGGAGUUCUCCUCCGGCGGCUCCAGUAACACAGACACCGGAAAGGCGGCUGGAAACCUGGAGACCAAGUACAAAGUGAAGGAUCUGGGCUUGACUUUGAACCAGAAGUGGAACACAGAUAAUGUUCUGACCACUGAAGUGACUCUGGAAGAUCAGCUGGCCAAAGGUCUAAAGCUGGGACUGGACACUUCAUUUGUGCCCAACACUGGGAAGAAGAGCGGUAAGCUGAAGACGGGCUAUAAGCGUGAUUACAUGAAUGUGGGCUGUGAUAUAGAUUUCGACCUGGCCGGACCGACGAUUCACGCCGCAGCCGUUCUGGGUUAUGAGGGCUGGCUGGCUGGGUAUCAGAUGGCCUUCGACACGGCCAAGUCCAAACUGGCCCAGAACAACUUCGCUUUGGGCUACAAGACAGGAGACUUCCAGCUACACACCAAUGUUAAUGAUGGCACAGAGUUCGGCGGCUCCAUCUAUCAGAAGGUGAACGGUCAGUUGGAGACGGCGGUCAAUCUGGCCUGGACCGCAGGCAGUAACAACACACGCUUUGGCAUCGCUGCUAAAUACCAGCUAGAUAAAGACUCCUCCAUCUCUGCCAAAGUCAACAACGCUAGUCUGGUUGGAGUAGGAUACACACAGAGCCUCCGGCCAGGUGUGAAACUCACUCUGUCCGCUCUGAUCGACGGUAAGAACUUCAACGCCGGAGGACAUAAGGUGGGCAUGGGCUUCGAGCUGGAGGUGUAACGACACAGAGACGCACUGAUGGGAAGUAAAGAAACACAAGGUAGCUGACGGCACGACUUCAGCCCCUGCAGAAACACGUCACCCUUUCCCCCCGUAAUUCCUCCUAAACUAAUCUGGCCUUAAAACCCCUGUAGAACCAAUAAGAAACAGGAUCAGCAGUCCACACCAAUCCUCCAUCACCAGCUCACUAUUUGACAACAGCUUCCUCUUGGUCAACAUAUCAUAGCGCUUUUAAUGUUACACACGUGGCACCAUAUCAUUUCUUUUAUUUUUAUUUUUUUAACUAGAUAAAUAUUGAGUUUCUGGUUUCUGAGCAGUCACGCAGGAUCUGAUGUGUACGUUGUGCUUUUAGUUCAUGGGUUUAAUGAUAAAUCAGAAAGGCAUCUCUAAAUGUCAAGCCCCUCACUUUUGCCCACAUUCAUUGCCAAAUGCGCAAUAUUUUAUCACAGGUUUGUUGUCUGUGUUUGUGGGCUGGAGUUUUUAGAGGACGGUCCAUGAGUUUUUUGUUUUUAUCCCCAUUAAAAAGUGAUUUAUGUUGAAAGCAGAGGACUAGAAGAAGAAACUGAUGUUGUGGAACGCAAUAAAGAGGAAUGUUGACUGAA